GAACGAGGACCGGGGUAGUCGCGGGGCAGCGGGCGUGAAGUGUGGACGUGUAGAAUUAACUUGCUGGAAAAUGGAAGAGGGAGUUGCACUGGAUGAAUUUUGCGGGUCUAAAUUCUGGGAUGCCAAUGUCACAUGGUACACGUACAACCCUGACUUCACACCAUGUUUCGAGCGCACAGUGUUGGUGUGGGUGCCCUGCUUCUUCCUAUGGGUCUUUACUCCCAUGGAAAUCUUCUAUAUAAAAAGCAGCCCAGAUAGGCUUGUACCUUGGUCAUGGCUCAAUAUCUGUAAACUGAUUGGGUCAACACUCUUAAUGACUGUUCAGUGCGUAGAUUUUUUCCAUGCUGUUUAUAGAAAUGCAAAUGAAGGAGAAGUUUAUGGUGUGGACUAUGCUGCUCCAGCAAUAAUUUUCUUUACAAUACUACUUCAAGUGGUUUUUAUCCUGAUGGAGAAGAAACGAGGGAUACAAAGCUCAGGCGUAAUCUUCAUGUUCUGGCUACUUCUGGUUAUAUGUGGUAUUCCAGAGUACCGCACAUACUUCCUCAAUAUCUUAAGUGAGGAAAAUAAAGAUGAUGUAGUUGUGUUCAGAUUUGUGACUUACAUGGUGUACUUCCCACUUAUUGUUGUAAUGUUGGUCCUCAAUUGCUUUGGGGAUGCUACACCUGAGUAUGUGGAUUUCGAUAGAGGCGAGAAACCUUGUCCAGAAGUUGGUGCCUCUUUCUUCAAUCGAAUCUUGUUUGCCUGGAUGGAUGCCUUGAUUUGGAAAGGCUACAGAAGACCUUUAGAGAUGAAAGACCUUUGGAGUCUUACCUAUGAAAAUGCAUCUCGCACCAUUGUGAAAAGGUGGAACAAGAACUGGAGGAAGUCAGUUGCGAAAAAAGAAAAGAAAGCUGAGAGAGAGGCAUGGGCAUCUACCAACAACUCUACUGAGGUGGAGUUAAAAGGAGUAGGAAAAGACAAGAAGGAAUAUGUUUCCAUCCUUCCCACUAUGAUACGCACUUUUGGUCCUACAUUCCUUUUUGGAGCAACAUUGAAGUUAUUCCAUGACUGUUUGCAGUUUGUAAGUCCACAAAUCCUCAGUGCCUUGAUCACCUUCACAGAAUCUGAAGAUGAACCAGUAUGGAAGGGGUACAUGUAUGCUGUACUCAUGAUUGUGUGUGCACAGAUCCAAUCUCUUGUGCUUGGACAGUAUUUCAUGAAAAUGUUCUUAGCUGGUUUAAGAAUCAGAACAGGUGUAAUUUCUGCAGUAUACAGAAAGGCCCUGCGCAUUUCCAGCUCUGCAAGAAAAGAGUCUACUGUUGGAGAGAUAGUCAAUUUAAUGUCUGUUGAUGCCCAGCGAUUCAUGGAUCUAACUUCAUACAUCAACAUGCUGUGGUCUGCACCACUGCAAAUUGCUUUGGCACUUUAUUUCCUGUGGGGUCUUCUAGGACCAUCUGUACUUGCUGGCCUGGCUGUUAUGAUAGUGUUGAUCCCUGUGAAUGGUUUUAUUGCUAAUAAGACCAAGCAGUUCCAGAUCAGUCAGAUGAAGAACAAGGACCAGCGAGUGAAGCUUAUGAAUGAAAUCUUGAAUGGCAUUAAGGUUUUGAAGCUGUAUGCAUGGGAACCCUCCUUUGAGGAGCAAGUCCUAGGAGUUCGCAACUUGGAGAUUAAAGUGCUGAAGAAAUCGGCUUACCUCAAUGCAGGUACUUCCUUCAUUUGGACCUGCACGCCUUUCCUGGUGACAUUUGUAAUGUUCACAACCUAUGUCAUGACUGACCCAACGCACAUCCUGACUGCCGACAAGAUUUUCACGUCUCUCACCCUCUUGAACAUUUUGCGCAUGCCCAUGGCCAUGUUACCAUUCCUUAUAGUUGCAUCUGUGCAGGCGAAUGUUUCACUGACAAGGUUGAACAAGUUCUUAAAUGCUGAUGAACUAGACCCAGAUGCUGUGACUAAGGAUAAAACUAUAAAGAAGCCUAUUACCAUAGAGAAUGGUACCUUUGCUUGGGGUCACGAUGAGGAAGAUGGCAAACCAGUAUUGCACAACGUUGAUAUGGAAAUUGAAGAAGGCUCACUGGUUGCAGUUGUAGGAAGUGUAGGGGCCGGCAAGUCAUCGCUCUGCUCGGCUAUUCUUGGAGAAAUGGAGAAGCAGUCAGGAAGAGUCAACGUUAAUGGAAACAUUGCCUAUGUUGCUCAACAAGCUUGGAUCCAGAAUGCGACUUUAGAAGACAACAUCUUAUUCAACAACAAGAAAGAUGAAGACAGAUACUCUAGUUGUGUCCGAGCAUGUGCUCUGCAAUCUGACUUGGACAUGCUACCCGGUGGAGAUCAAACAGAAAUUGGGGAAAAGGGUAUCAACUUGAGUGGUGGACAGAAGCAGCGAGUGAGCUUGGCCAGAGCAGUUUAUUCUGAUGCAGACAUUUACCUCCUUGAUGAUCCCCUUAGUGCAGUUGAUUCCCAUGUUGGAAAGCAUAUUUUCGAGAAUGUCAUUGGACCAGAGGGAGUUCUGAAGGGAAAAACUCGCAUUUUGGUGACCCAUGGCCUAACAUACUUACCAAAAGUUGAAAAAAUUGUUGUGCUCAAGAAUGGUACAAUCACAGAGCAAGGUUCAUAUAAGGAGUUGAUUGAAAAGAAAGGAGAAUUCCAAGAAUUUCUGCUGCAGUAUUUGUCAGAAGAAAAUGAAGACGAAGAAGACCUGGAAGAAUUGGAAGACAUUAAGAUGCAGUUGGAGAGCACACUUGGCAAGCAAGGUUUACAACGGCAGAUAUCUCGGACAAAGCACGAGAGUGAGAGUGACAGCAUGGGCAUGGGGGUUUUCAAACAUGGGGAACAAGGGGCAGUACCCGUCACGAACAAAGAAGUCAGUGAAUUGAAAAGACCAAGCACCCCAUCGUCCUCCUCAGAACCCCGGAUUAAAGUCCAGCUUUUGUGUCGGAUACUACAUCAGGGCCACGGAAACAUGUCAACCUGCAUAUGUAUGUUUUAUAUCCUUUUCCCAAGCUUGCACAUAGGCUCAAAUGUGUGGUUACUGCUGGUCGCUAAUCAGCACUCCAAAAGAGGGGGCAGGAUCACUAUGACCCUUCACUUGUGGCUAAAAAUUCACCCACACCAAGGGGAAUUCUAUCACAACAUGUGUGUCUGGCCCCGCUCAAAGAAGGCUAGAAUAACUGGUGUAAGGCCCGAUCACACCAGAAAAUCCCCUGCAAUUUUCAUAUGCCUUGGAUCAGUUUUAAUUGCUGGUGCAACUGUUGCGGCAUCAAAAGUGAUGCACAAGAGCCUGGGUUUCGUGCCUGAUAGCGGUAAGGAGUAUCACAAAAAUAUUUGGGAGUGUGGAACUCUGAUGCAUAUAGAGACAAAAUACUGCUGUUCUUUCUUUGUAAUAUUACUUAAAGAUUUUCCAGAAUUUUAUCUUAAUAGGUUUAGAGUAGCUCACACUCAAAAGCAAAGUGUGAAAUCAGCAUUGUUCAUCUUGGGUGGAGCAUUUUCCUUGUCAUUCGGUGCUCUUGAUGCAGCAGAAGGACUACACACAAAUAUUUUGAAGAAUGUCCUGCGUCUGCCAAUGUCCUUCUUUGACAAAAAACCCACUAAUAUUGCAUUCAUAUUUAGAGUGAUUGCAACCUUUGUGGCCAUCAUUUAUGCAACUCCAGUGUUUGCUGUGGUCAUGCUGCCAACUAUGAUUAUAUACUACUUUGUGCAGGGACUUUAUGUUUCAACCUCAAGACAGCUGAAACGUAUUGAGUCGGUGUCUCGUUCUCCCAUUUACUCACACUUCCAAGAGACUAUACAGGGUGCUAGCACAAUUCGCGCCUUUGGCAGAUCUCACCAAUUUAUGCUGGAAUCGGAGAAGAAAGUUGACACGAACCAAAUCAGCUCCUUCCCGAGUGUCAUGGCUAAUCGCCUUUAUCAUUCUGUUGGGAAGAACAUUGAAAUCACAAAGACCUGUGGUCAAGGGGCUAAACAUGCUUUAAGGGGACUAUGUCAAGAAGUGGAAAAAUCAGCCUACUACUGUCUGAGCUGUGGCCUUGCCCCACUGAAUAAAAGUGUGGUAUUUGAAAUGGUUGGCAAUCGUCUUGAGUUCAUUGGUAACAUCCUGACCUUCUUUGCUGCUCUGUUUGCCGUUCUUGGCCGAGAUACCAUAACUGGUGGACUUGUUGGUCUUUCAGUCAGCUACGCAUUGUCAGUAACACAAAAAACCCUUAACUUUUACCAGGGGAGGAUGAUUGAAAAUGUAAAGCAGUUUGAAACUUUCCCUUACAGUGGGGAACACAGGGGCAGUAUCCGUCACCGAACAAAGAAGAUCAGUGAAUCUGAAAAGACCAAGCCAGCCAUUGCUCCUCCUCAGAAGCCGGAUGCUAAAGUUGGACAGAAACUUAUUGAGAAAGAGAAGGCAGAAACUGGCAAGGUCCAGCUUUCUGUGUACGGAUACUACAUCAGGGCCAUCGGCAUCAUGUCAACCUGCAUGACUGUAUUGUUUUAUAUCCUUUCCCAAGCUUGCACAGUAGGCUCAAAUGUGUGGCUUACUGCAUGGUCGUCUGAAUCAGCACUCCAAAAUGAGACGGGGCAGGAUCCAGCUGUGAGAGACAAAUACCUAGGUGUUUAUGGUGCUCUUGGGAUUGGGCAAGCAAUUUUCAUAUGCCUUGGAUCAGUUUUAAUUGCUGGUGCAACUGUUGCGGCAUCAAAAGUGAUGCACAAGAGGUUGCUCGAUAAUGUUAUGCACAGCCCUAUGAUGUUCUUUGAUAUGACACCCAUCGGUCGUAUUGUUAACCGUUUCUCAAAAGACUUGGACACAAUAGAUGUACUUCUACCUAAUAAUCUGAGAGCCUGGGUUUCGUGCCUGAUAGCGCAUUUGAGAUCUAAGACAGUACUCUUAUUAACCCAAAGCUACCAGGAAAAUCGUAACAUGCUUUACAUCCCCCUGCAUAUUUGUACUUCAGCAUUGUUCAUCUUGGGUGGAGCAUUUUCCUUGUCAUUCGGUGCUCUUGAUGCAGCAGAAGGACUACACACAAAUAUUUUGAAGAAUGUCCUGCGUCUGCCAAUGUCCUUCUUUGACACAAACCCAGUAGGGCGCAUGAUUAAUCGGUUUGGCAAGGAUGUUGACACAAUGGACAAUAUUUUGCCUUGGAGCAUACGAUCCUGGCUGAUGUGCCUGUUUCAGGUGAUUGCAACCUUUGUGGCCAUCAUUUAUGCAACUCCAGUGUUUGCUGUGGUCAUGCUGCCAACUAUGAUUAUAUACUACUUUGUGCAGGGACUUUAUGUUUCAACCUCAAGACAGCUGAAACGUAUUGAGUCGGUGUCUCGUUCUCCCAUUUACUCACACUUCCAAGAGACUAUACAGGGUAAGCUUAUGUUGUGCUGCACAAUUCGCCUUUGGCAGAUCUCACCAAAUUUUAUGCUGGAAUCGAGAAGAAAGUUGACACAACCAAUCAGCUCUUCCCAGUGUCAUGGCUAUCGUAAUACUCGUUUGUCAGAGGUGUUCCUAAGAAUGGUUCUCUCAACAUUUUCCAGCCUUUAUCAUUCUGUUGGGAAGAACAUUGAAAUCACAAAGACCUGUGGUCAAGGGGCUAAACAUGCUUUAAGGGGACUAUGUCAAGAAGUGGAAAAAUCAGCCUCUCUGUUCAAUGCCAGGGAACAAUGGUUGGCAAUUCGUCUUGAGUUCAUUGGUAACAUCCUGACCUUCUUUGCUGCUCUGUUUGCCGUUCUUGGCCGAGAUACCAUAACUGGUGGACUUGUUGGUCUUUCAGUCAGCUACGCAUUGUCAGUAACACAAACCCUGAACUGGUUAGUAAGAAUGACGUCAGAUGUAGAGACGAAUAUUGUGGCUGUAGAACGUAUCAAAGAAUACACUGAAACCACUCAAGAAGCAGAAUGGGAAAUCCCUGCGAAAAAGCCACAGAAAGACUGGCCAGAGCAAGGGGUGGUCAAGUUUAAUAAUUAUUCCACCAGAUAUCGAGAAGGUCUCGAUUUAGUUGUGAAAAAUAUUGAUUGUAAUAUAUCUGGAGGAGAGAAGAUUGGUAUUGUUGGUCGAACUGGUGCUGGGAAGUCUUCACUCACACUGGCACUUUUCCGCAUUAUUGAAGCUGCUGGUGGCAACAUCACAAUUGACGAUAUUGACAUUUCCAAAAUUGGUUUACAUGAUGUACGAAGAAGAUUGACAAUUAUCCCACAGGACCCUGUGCUGUUCAGUGGUACGCUUCGCAUGAACUUGGAUCCCUUCAACUUAUAUGAGGAUGAGAAAGUCUGGUCAGCCCUGGAACAUUCUCACCUCAAGGGCUUUGUUUCAGGCCUUAAUGCUGGCCUUCAGCAUGAAGUUUCUGAAGGGGGUGAAAACCUCAGUGUUGGCCAGAGGCAGCUUGUGUGUCUGGCCCGAGCUCUCCUCCGCAAAACGAGGGUGCUGGUCUUAGAUGAGGCCACGGCAGCUGUUGAUUUGGAGACAGAUGACCUCAUCCAGCAGACUAUCCGCCGGGAGUUUGCUGAUUGCACUGUGAUCACUAUUGCUCAUAGGCUGAACACUAUCAUGGACUCAUCUAGAGUUUUGGUCCUAGACAAAGGAGAGAUCCGAGAGUUUGACUCCCCAGAAAACCUGUUAAAAGACAAGAAAUCAAUAUUCUAUUCAAUGGCCAAAGAUGCAGGUCUUGUAUAAUACAUUCUUCCUUAAUAUAUGGUACUUAUUGUGUCAGCAUUUUGAUGAAAAUAGCGUGUCAAGUAAAGAACACCCUACAGGUAUUUUAAUGUUCAUUAUUGUUUAUGUUCAUAAUUGUUGUGCAGGAAGUAUUUUAUUUUGAGAAAUAAAAUACAUUUAUAAUGUUCUCAUAUUGUCUGUGAUUUAGUAUGUUACAGUUUGUACUCAUCAGAUGUAUAAAUAUACUGUAAUUGUUUCAGUUACUUGUUUAUAUGAAACAUUUUUUGUCAUGUUAAUGUCUCUUGAGUUGGAAGUGAAAGUUUGUUUUAAACUUUUUUGAUGUACAAUAAACUGUGCAUUUUUCUGCAGUUUUAUUUUAUGUUUAGUAUUUUUUAGUUCUGUGUCAACUUAGUGUUAUUUAAGUUAUGAGUGAUUCUGUAGUUCUUGUUUGGUCAAGAAUUAGAAUGGCGAACAUAAUUUGUUUAAUGUACAAGUAAGAAUAAAAGUGGAAGAUAUUUUUGAACCUUGACUUAUUUCCUGUAAAAGGCUGUCUUUAGAAUACUCUAAAGGAAGUAAAUAUGAUUAGUGAUUAGUUUUUGAAAUAAGGACAUGCUCGUAUUUACAUCAUUCGUAUUAAUAUUCAUAUUUGUAGAGGAUUUUGGAAAGAAAACUUAUAAAGGGUUGUUCAUUGUUCUGGUUAACUGAGCGAUAUAGAUAAUAUUGCAUAGUAAAUGACUUUUCAGUAGAUUUGAAAUGAAAUGGGCAAUUAUUUAACAUAUAUUCUAAGCAUCAUUUUCAUAAAUGUAAGAGUUUCACAUUUAAGUAAAUGAGCAAAAUGUGUUCAUCAUUCAGAAAAAAAUUAUUCAUGAUUUAGGGUUGACUUAUUUUUCAGUUGUGUAGAAGAAUUCUCUGAUAUUAAAAUGUUCCUAGGACGAUGAUGAGGUGAGCCUUCAACAAAUAAAAGUACUCUUAUAGGUCCAUAUCCAUUAUAAAUAAUAAAUUAUUAAUUUCCAAGUAACUAAGACUUGUUUCAUCAACUUUUAAGUGUAGAUUCAAUCCUUUACAUCUCUUAUUGGUAGCGUUAAAAAUAUUUCAUGUCCUCCAUUCUAAAUAAAUAAAGGAGUAAAGUAUGAAAAUAGUUGUUGUGAUUCAGUGGUAUUGUGAAUGUAUACAGUUACAGAUUCCUAGCAAAAUCGGAACUAUUUUUACAUCAUGAAUAUUGCAAAAUAGUUUCUUUAGGUUACCGACAUUGACAAAUGGAAAGAUUUUCUUGUGUAUGAUAUUGUUUUUAGUUAAGUUUAGAUAUGAUUGUUCUGUUUGUUGAUUCUCGCAUAUCUGUAUUUUAAACAUGUCUAGCAGUCAAUAAGUACCUGUAAUUGUUAGUGUAGUGUAGGAUUUUGUUUAUGAAAUAGAUAUACAACUUACAUUUUUCUUCAGGGCUUGUGUGACUUAGUACUAAAAUCUGAUCUAUUUCAAGUUUUCAUUAUUUGAAAAAAAAAAUGCAUAUAAAGAAUAUCUUGAAGUCUCUAACAUUUAUAGAUCAUUUGUAAUGAUGUAAAUAAAUUUGUGUGACUAAAUGUAUGUAUUUACUUUGUCUGUGGAUUUAAGUGAUGUUAAAGGUCAGACCUGAGAAAUGGUUCUUAUUUCUUGUCAAAACUUAUUUUUCGGUGUCAUAAAAUGUAUUUAAUUACCAAAUUAGAUUAAUAAUGUCCAUGGUUUUGAGGACAUCCAGGAAGUGUGAGUAGCCUUGUUGGUGUCACAGAAGCGCUGCCUCUCCUGAUCCCUGUCUCUUACUCCUCUUCCAAGCAACCUUCAGCAACAUUCUCUGUCUUUCUUUUUUCAUUAAUUCACUAUCUCUGUAACUGUCUUUUUCUAUUUAUUUAUUAAUUCAUCCAUUCACUUUAUCAUACUUCCUUGACUUUUCUCUUCUUCCCAUUAAUCAAUUUUCUCUUUCUCUGGUCAGUCUUCAUGAUCUUUGUCUUUAUCUCUCUCUCUCUUUCAUUCAUUCAUUUAUUCAUCCUGCACCUCGGUAUCUCAUCUAACCGUUUUGUCCAAAAAGUUGAGUAGAUCUGAUAAGAUGUCAGUUGAUUCAGCAUCAGACAAUAGCAGCAUCAGCCAGUCAACUACUAUUAAGGUUUCCUACGUUUUUCUGGAAUUCACACUGGGUUCAGUGGCUGGAUGCGCUUCGAGAGUAAUUUCUCAUUAGCCUAGGUCAUUUGUUGGUGAGAAUUAUUUGAUGAUAUUAAAGAAAAGCUCUUGGCAAAAUGAAAAUAGGACUGGUCUGCACCUUUAAUUUUUAUUUAUUACUUUACAGUUAAAAAGAUUAAAUACUUAUUGAAUUACCAGUGUUAAAAACUUGGGUAGUCUUCACAUCUACUAUGGUUUUUGUUAUACUUAUUGAUUAAAAAAAAAAGGAAUUAAGAUGUAUUUUGAACUAUUUGUGCAUUUUCAACUCUCAGUGAUCUGCUUUUGUAAGAUGAACAUUGUAGAGGGAGAAAAAAUAAAUAGAUAAAUAAAAAGCAGUUUUAGA